AUGUCGCUGAGGAGAGAAGCACAGAGGGGGAAGGGCAGCACCCUGCAAGGUGAUCUUGAUAUUGAUACUGAUACUGAUAUUGAUCCUGAUAUUGAUACUGAUAUUGAUAUGGAUAUUGAUAUUGAUAUUGAUAUUGAUAUGGAUAUUGAUACGGAUAUUGAUACUGAUACUGAUAUUGAUACUGAUAUUGAUACUGAUAUUGAUAUUGAUACUGAUAUUGAUAUUGAUAUUGAUACUGAUACUGAUAUUGAUACUGAUAUUGAUAUUGAUGUUGAUAUUGAUCUUCCUCCCGCAGACACGAGCCACCAGACCCGCUCGGUGCCCAGCCGUCCCUACUACAGCUUGCCCAACCACAGCCAUGAGAGACGCUCGGUGCUGGCCCUGGCAGAGCCGCCGCGCUUCCACUCGCAGGCCAAGGGCAAGAACGUGCGGCUGGACGCGCACUCGCGCCGCGCCACGCGCAGGAACAGCUUCUGCAACGGCGUCACCUUCACCAACCGGCCCAUCCACCUGUACGAGAAGGUGCGCCUCAAGCUGGUGGCCGUGCACCACGGCUGGAGCGGCGCCCUGCGCUUCGGCUUCACCAUCCACGACCCCUCGCAGAUGAGCUCCGAGGAGAUACCAAAGUACGCCUGCCCCGACCUCGUCACCCGCCCCGGCUACUGGGCCAAGGCUCUGCCCGAGAGGUUUGCGGUCAGGGACAAUAUUUUGGCCUUCUGGGUGGACCGGCACGGCAGAGUCUUCUACAGUAUUAACGACGAGGAGCCGAUCUUGUUUCACUGUGGCAUUAAAGUUUCCGGGCCUCUUUGGGCCCUCAUCGACGUCUAUGGAAUUACCCACGAAGUGCAAAUUCUAGACAGCAUGUUUGCAGAGACCAUGAGCACUGCCCGGCUCAGCAGCGCCCGCCUCAGCACCUGCCUUCCCCAGAGCAACCACGACUCGGCCAACUUCAACAACAACGAGCUGGAGAACAACCAGGUGGUGGCCAAAAUUGCAAACCUGAACCUGAGCCGGGUGCCAGGACUCGGGAGUGACAACCACAUCAUCCCCUGCUGCCCCGGCCGGCGGCAGCACGCCCAGGGAGUGCCGGCGUUCCUGGACACCGACCUGCGCUUCCACCCCACGCGCGGCCCCGACGUCACCUUCUCCCAGGACAGGAUGGUGGCCUGCACCAACUGGCAGGAGAGCAAUAGGACUUUGGUGUUCUCUGACCGGCCUUUGCACAUCGGGGAGAGCCUCUUUGUGGAGGUGGGACACCUCGGGCUGCCCUACUACGGGGCGCUGUCGUUCGGCAUCACCUCAUGUGAUCCGAGCACUUUGCGGACAAACGAGCUCCCGGCGGAUCCGGAUUUUCUCCUGGACCGUAAGGAGUACUGGGUGGUUUAUCGGGCGUUCCCUGUGCUCAACAGUGGGGACAUCCUCAGCUUCAUGGUCCUGCCCAACGGGGAGGUGCACCACGGGGUCAACGGCGCCAGCCGGGGCAUGCUCAUGUGCGUGGACACCUCCCAGUCGCUCUGGGUGUUUUUUACAAUCCACGGUGUGAUCAACCAGCUCAAAAUCCUGGGCACGGUGCAGUCCAGCCCAGGGACGGUGUCUCCCUCAGGAUCCCCCGGUGGCUCCCAGUACGACAGCGACUCGGACGUGGCCUUCAGCGUCAACAGGUCCUCAUCAGCCUCCGAGUCCUCGCUGGUGACUGCCCCCAGCUCCCCUCUGAGCCCCCCCAUCUCUCCCGUCUUCUCCCCUCCGGAGCCGUCGAGCAGCAAGAACGGCGAGUGCACCGUGUGCUUCGACAGCGAGGUGGACACGGUCAUCUACACCUGCGGACACAUGUGCCUCUGCAACACCUGCGGUCUUAAGCUGAAGAAGCAGCUCAACGCCUGCUGCCCCAUCUGCAGGAGGGUCAUCAAGGAUGUGAUUAAAAUCUACCGCCCGUAGGGGCCGCCGGGGGCUGCGGGAAGGGGGAACGCCGCUCGCAACGCUCGCCUUUCCGUCCCUGCUUAUGGGUUAUCGUGCUGGUCAGUCGUUAUCAAGUGGCUCGUUAUCUGUGUUUCCUUAUUUGACUGGUAGGGCACAAUUCAGGGAGCAAAGCUGAGGAUUGUGCUGGUCAGGCUGAGCCAGCUGCAAAUGAGAAAUUUCCCUGUGCUAAAGCUCCUUUUUUUCCCCUCCUCCUGCCGCGGGGGAGGCUCGGCUCGGCGUGGGGAGGUUGCCAGGUGCCACUGGGCUUCCCCACCCUAAAACCCGACAGCUCUGGGCUGCUGCCGCCAGGGGAUUGUGCUGUGGUGGAGCAAAACUGGCAUGAGGCCCAGCAGGAGCGUUCAGAGUGGACAGAAGUGAUCUGGAAACGUCAUGUAAGGAGAACUAGCUCAGGCCGAAUAGUGGCACUGCCAGGUUGUCACUUGUUGGGGUUCUGUCCUCAUGAACAGGCUCGUGGGGACAUGGAGGAGCUGCUCUGGGUUAGACAAAGCAGAUUUUUCUUUCUGUGGCAGCGCAGGGACUUCUGCCCAUGGAGGCUGAGAGCCAGGGAGCUGCCCUGGGGUAGCAGUGAGGAGCCCAGGCAGCCCCUGCGGGGCUGGAGCUGGAGGGGCAGCCCAGGCACUGCCCUGCUGCCUUCUGAAGCCAUAACCUGCAGCCUGUGCAGCACAGGGCUCUUUGGCUGGGCACUCUGCAAUCCUGCCUUGGCACUCUGCAGUGAUGGGGUUUGUCACCUCCAGGCACACCCCUCUGCUCUUUGCUCUGCCCUCCUGGCAGGUGGCACAGCUGUGCCGCCCUGUCCUGACUGUCACCUGUGCCAGACCGUCCCUGCAGCCGCUGCCAUGGCAGGGCUCGGCCUUCUUCCUGCCCCACCACGGGGACCUUUUGGAGGCUCUGGUGAGAAAUUCAUUCCUGACCCAGUCCCAUCA